CUUAUCUGUCAGUUUAUUGACGGCUGUGGACUGAGUUUAGAGCAGAUUUACUCAGUCUCACAAUGGCUUGCAUGUGGAAAUUUAUUCUGCUCAACGUUUUCAUCGUCUCUGGUAGAAGUGACGCGCUGACAGGUUAUUUCUGGCACAUCUCAGACCUCCACUGGGACCCUUCUUAUAAUUUCUCCAGCAGCUCUCAGUCAAAAUGUGCUUCCAGCGGAGGCCGACCGACUCCACAUGCAGGCCGAUAUGGAGAUUAUGUCUGCGACUCACCCUGGAGUCUGAUCAACUCUUCCCUGACCGCCAUGAGAGAGAUCCUGCCCGAUCCGGACUUCAUCAUGUGGACUGGAGAUGAUACUCCUCAUGUUCCUGAUGAUCAGCUGGGAGAGCCGGCUGUGCUCCAAAUAAUCGGCAACCUCACCACCAUCAUCAAGAGCACUUUUCCCAAAACCAAGGUGUAUUCUGCAAUGGGAAAUCAUGACUACCAUCCAAAGAACCAGAUGCCUCCAGCAAAAAACACCAUUUACGAGCAAACGGCAAACCUGUGGCGUGACUGGCUCCACACUGCCUCACAGGAAACCUUCAAAACAGGUGGAUAUUACACUGAAAAGCUGCUGAAUCAGACUGGUUUGAGAGUCAUUGUCCUCAACACAAACCUCUAUUAUGAUCAGAACAAACUGACAGAAAACGUCAAAGAUCCUGCAGAUCAGUUCAGCUGGGCUGAUAAAGUGCUUCAGGACGCAGCCAAAAAUAACGAGAAGGUCUACAUCAUUGGUCACGUUCCUCCAGGGCUGUUUGAGAAGAAGCGGGAUAAAGGCUGGUUCAGAAAAGAGUUUAAUAAGCGCUACAUUGAGCUCAUCCAGAAGCACAGUGCUGUGAUCAUGGGCCAGUUCUUCGGGCAUCACCACACCGACAGCUUCCGCAUGUUUUACAACUCCAAAGGAUCUCCAAUAAGUGCGAUGUACCUGACUCCUGGGGUUACGCCGUGGAUAACAACAUUACCUGGUGUGAUCGAUGGAGGAAACAAUCCUGGAAUCCGCGUCUUCGAGUAUGACACCAAAACACUGCUGGUCAAGGACAUCAUCACCUACUACCUGAACCUGACAUACGCAAACAUUGCACGUGCUCGCUGGGAGAAGGAGUACCGCCUGACGGAGGCCUUUCGGGUGCCGGACGCCUCUCCAGCCUCCAUGCACCGUGUGAUGGAGCGGAUAUCCAGUGAAAAGUGUUCCCUGCAGAAGUACUUUGAGCUGAACUCGGUCAGCUACGACCUGUCGGAGUGUCACGCAGACUGCCGUGUGGAUCAUGUGUGUGCGCUGAGGGAAGUGGACUUUGACGCCUAUGAGAAGUGUGUGUUGAAGGAGGGAGGAUCAUCCAAUGCUCCGGUGCUGUUCAUUUUGUUUCUUUCUCUAAUGCUCAGUCUGUGGAGUCUCAAUUGAUCCUACUGAAUAGUUUGUUUGUUUAAACAGAAGUUGACAAACUUAGCAUUUAAUAUUCAUAUAUUUAAUCAAUUUUGGCCUGUUUUGGCACCUGGGGUUCAUUCUUUAUUGGGGAAUUAUAAUUUGACACAAUCCAGAAUUGUUUGUUUCUUUGAAGCUCAUCCUGGAGUUGUUGUCAUGGCAACAAGUCCAUCAGUUUAUAUAUUAUUAUGCAUUUCAUAUAAACAGGAUUAGAUUUUAAAGAGUAUUGGGUAACACUUUUUUUCUUGAAUGGGGGUGCUCAUAAGACUGUUAUAACACCUUUAUAAUCUUAUAAUGACAGGUCAUGAAUAUGAAUGAAAUUAUGCAUAUUCACAUAGUUGUUAUUCAAAUGCAAAGAGGACAACUUGACAUAAACACAUCAUAACCUGUCUUUGACAACUUGACUAUUAUCAAGACUUGUCAUAAAUCUGUCAUAAACAUGACUGUCAUGAGGCCAUUAUAGCUGAGUCUGCUUUCAUUGGUCAAAUGCUAAAGCCAAUAAAACACAGAAAGAUAGAUCAUUCUUGAAGGGGGCGUUCAUAACAUUGUCAUGACACCUUUAUAAUCAUAAUAAAACAUGAUGCAUAUGAAUGAGAUUUUAGGCAUGUUUAUGACAACUGUUAUUAAAUGUCAUUAGCUCAGUUAUGUCACUUUAAGUGCAAAGAUGACAUUGGUUUAGAUGUGUUUAUGACAACCUGACAUAAACACAUCUUAACCUGUCUUUGACAACUUGACUAUUAUCAAGACUUGUCAUAAAUCUGUCAUAAACAUGACUGUCAUGAGGCCAUUGUAGUUGUGUCUGCUUUCAUUGGUCAAAUGCUAAAGCCAAUAAAAGACAGAAAGAUAGAUCAUUCUUGAAGGUGGUGUUCAUAAGACUGUCAUGGCACCUUUAUAAUCAUAAUAAAACAUGAUGCAUAUGAAUGAGAUUUUAUGGAUGUUUGACAACUGUUAUUAACUGCCAUUAGCUCAGUUAUGUCACUUUAAAUGCAGAGAUGACAUUGAUUGAGAUGUGUUGAUGACAACUUGACAUAAACACAUUAUAACCUGUCUUUGACAACUUGGCUAUUAUUAAGACUUGUCAUAAAUCUGUCAUAAACAUGACUGUUAUAAGGCCAUUAUAGUUGUGUCUGCUUUCAUUGGUCAAAUGCUAAAGCCAAUAAAAGACAGAAAGAUAGAUCAUUCUUGAAGGGGGUAUUCAUAAGACUGUCAUGGCACCUUUAUAGUCAUGACGUAACACAUCAUGCAUAUGAAUGAGAUUUUAUGCAUGUUUAUGACAACUGUUAUUAACUGUCAUUAGCUCAGUUAUGUCAUUUUAAAUGCAGAGAUGACAUUGAUUGAGAUGUGUUGAUUACAACUUGACAUAAACACAUUAUAACCUGUCUUUGACAACUUGACUAUUAUCAAGACUUGUCAUAAAUCUGUCAUAAACAUGACUGUCAUGAGGCCAUUAUAA